AUAAAUUACAUAAUUGGUGUAUAGAGCGAGGGUUUUUGACAUUUUGAAUGUUGCAUAGAAUUCACAAGUCUGCAUUGUGCCCGUCCGUACUUUUUUUCCCUUCAUUUUUCGUUGUUGGCAAUAGCGCGAGAGGAGAUCUGAAUACUAAACUCAUCGCUGAUUCACUGUUUUAUUUCACUCGUUGUUUCGCAGUUUUCGAACAAAUCCUUAGAAGAAUCUCAGCUGCUCGCAAUUUCCUAGUUCGAUUCAAGAUGAGUCGGCCAAUGGAGGAGGAUGCCAAUGUAAAGAAUGAGGAAGAGGAAUUUAACACAGGACCACUUUCUGUGCUCAUGAUGAGUGUUAAGAACAAUACCCAGGUGCUUAUCAACUGCCGGAACAAUAGGAAACUUCUUGGCCGUGUAAGAGCCUUUGAUCGGCACUGCAACAUGGUUCUUGAAAAUGUUAGGGAGAUGUGGACUGAGGUACCAAAGACAGGAAAGGGGAAGAAAAAAGCCCAACCAGUCAACAAGGACAGAUUUAUCAGCAAGAUGUUUCUUCGUGGGGACUCUGUUAUCAUUGUUCUGAGGAAUCCCAAGUGAGGAGUACGCGUAAUGGUCGGAAAUUUUAGUUGUACAACCUUUUUCGGCUCUCUCUUGUCAGGUUCGUUUCAGAAAUUUUAGUGCUUGCUGUAUCUGUUUCAGAAAUUUAAGUUUUAACUCUUGUUUUGGGAGAGAGUAGAAGUAGCACUGGAUUGUGGUGGGGUGGUGGAUACCGAACUUUUUAUCGGUAAUGUACCGGUUGCGGUUGCGUGCGUCCUUACCAGUAUUAUUACCGUACGGAUUGUUUGCCAUGUGUAAAUUCGGUUCAAAAAGUUCAAACAAUUAACGCUCGA